AUGCCUACAACUAUACUAAACCUACCAGAUGAGAUUCUACUACAAAUAUAUGAGUACUUACCAACUCGUAUUUUAAAAGAUUUACGACUAGUAAGAGAUUUUGCGCCAACAAUCCAACAGUACUUGUUUGCACAGAGUCAAUUCUCAUUACAGCUAGACGAUGGUACUAGUGGAUAUGCUGACGAUGGCACUAGUGGAUAUGCUGACGAUGGCACUAGUAGGUAUGCCUACAAUGAGGAAUGUGUCUGUUUUGAAGAAGCGCCCAUAGCUCAGGGUGUAAAUAUGUGUCAAUUUACCAAACUACUGUCACAAUUCCAACACCAUAUUUCCCAGUUCCACAAUUAUCGAGUAAACUUGACAAUUUGCAAUUUUACUCAAAUGGUUAACCAAUUAGAGAAAUAUCAUGAGGUUAUUAAGUUACUAUUUCAAGAUAACCCUUAUAGAAGAAGCGGGAAACAUUUGAAUGUCAAGGUUGUGAUAUAUUUAACAUAUUCAAUGAAUAAUUUCAAUGAUGUUAAGGAUUCAUUUAUGAAUAUUGACAAGAUUAGUAAACGGUUUAGUAACAAUGGACUAAAUCACGUUGUGGUUGAUUUACAAUUGGUAAAGAGUAACAGAGACUAG